AAAUACGGAUAAGGUCAAAUUCGAUCGAAUUAGUCUAAUCAUUCUUUUAGUGUUAAUAAGAUUGUGUUCGUAGGAGUUUAAGCUAUCACCUCUAGUACUGAUUAUUUUUCUUCUCUUAUUUAGUUCGUUAUCUCACAAAAAUGAAACUUUUGGUUCCUUUAGUUUUACUAUUCUCUUCGUCCGUAAUGGCUGCUGAAGAAGCCAGCCGGACGAAGAAAAACAUUCUUCCACUCGCUGCACCCAUGCUCCUGAGCCCCACACCAGUGAUGACUCGCUCAAUGAUGAUGAUGCCUGCCAUGCCUGCAAUGACCUCAAUGCCUGCCAUGCCAACCAUGUUGUUACCUUCGAUGACACCUCUCAGCUCGGUGAUGCCUUACACAACAACGUACAGCUACCUUCCUUCAGUUACCACAAUGAUGUCAUCAUCAAUCGCAAUGCCUGCCCCCGCCAUCAUGAAAUCAAUGCCCAUGACCUGGAUGUCGGGAAAAAUUAUGAUGGAUAAGUCUAUGAUGAUGGACAAAUCUAUGUCUGGAAUGCCAAUGAUGUCCAUGGAGAAGGGUAUGCCCAUGAUGAUGAGUAAGUCCAUGCCACAGAUGUCAAUGGAGAAGGGUAUGCCAACGAUGAUGGACAAGUCUAUGUCCGAAAUGCCCAUGGAGAAAGACAUGUCUAUGAUGAUGGGCAAGUCUAUGUCACAAAUGUCGAUGGAGAAGGGUAUGCCAAUGAUGAUGGACAAGUCUAUGUCCGAAAUGCCCAUGGAGAAAGACAUGUCUAUGAUGAUGGGCAAGUCUAUGCCACAGAUGUCUAUGGAGAAGGGUAUGCCAAUGAUGAUGGAGAAAUCUAUGUCCGAAAUGCCCAUGAUGGGCAAGUCUAUGCCACAGAUGUCAAUGCAGCAGGAUGUGCUUAAGCUGAUGGACAAAUCUAUGUCACAGAUGCCCAUGGAGAAGGACAUGUCAAUGAUGAUGGGCAAGUCUAUGCAAGAUAUGUCGAUGGAGAAGGAUAUGUCAAUGAUGAUGGAUGGCAACAAAAACAUGGAGGGUAUGUCUCUCGAAAAAAUGAUGAUGGAAAAGCAAGCGUCCACCAUGCCGAUGGGAAGAAUGAUGAUGGAGAAAUCUAUGCCUGCACUCGCUGGGAGCAAUAUGGGAAUGAUGGGAAUGGGAAGUUCUGGUCCGAUGUCGAUGGAAUCGAGUCAGGGCAGAAGGCACGCAGAUCUGAAAAACAUGAAUACCCCACGAUAAGACCAUGGUGAUUAUUCUCUUCCUCAACUAGUGGAUAUUUCACAAGAG